AUGGGCUCCUACCCUCCGGCGUCGUUCGACGUCCGCAAGAUCGCCAUCAUUGGCGCUGGUCCGGCUGGCCUGUCGGCUGCCAAAUACCUCACGGCGCAGGGGUCCUUUGACCAGAUUGUCGUCUUUGAGCAGCAGGACCAGGUCGGUGGCAUCUGGAACUACAGCGGCCUCGCUCCAGGAACUUGUCCGGCUCCCCAGGAGGACCCCUUCUGUCCUCCCAGUGAGCCUAUACGCUGGUGCGAGGGCGCCGCACCCAUCUUCACCUCGCCCAUGUACGAGCAGCUUCACGCCAAUCUCCCCAAUUCUGUGAUGAGAUUUUCCUGCCAGGCCUUCCCCGACGAUGCCAGGCUGUUUCCUGAACGGACCAUGAUCCAGGACUACCUGCUCAAGUACGCUGAGGACGUCAGGCCCCUGAUUCGCUUCUGUCAGCGGAUCAACCGGGUGACUUUGAAGCCGCAGGAGAAUGGUCGAGACAGCUGGGAGGUUGAGGCGCAGUCGACAGUCGACGGCAACCUCACUGUUGCAGAGUUUGACGCUGUCGUCGUCGCCAACGGCCACUACACGAUCCCCUUCAUCCCAAACAUGAAGAACCUCGCCGAGUUCAACGAGGCAUAUCCUGGCGUCAUCACCCACUCGAAGCAGUACCGCACUCCUCAUCCCUUCAACGACGAAAAGGUCAUUGUCGUUGGAAACGGCCCCUCCGGCCUGGACAUUGCUCUGCAGAUCAACCAGCAGUGUAGGAAGCCAGCCAUCUUAUCUGUGCGGCAUCCUACUGCCCCGGACAGGCUAGCCCAUUCAGGCUGCGAAGAAGCGGCUGAGAUUGACGAGUUUUUGAUCGAGGAGAAGGGGGUCCGCUUCAAGGAUGGCCGGGUCGAGAAGGACGUUGACGCCAUCGUCUUUUGCACUGGCUUUCUUUACGGCUUCCCCUUCCUUCCAGACCUAAACCGCAAGCUCGUCACUACAGGACGAGGUGUUCACGGGUUGUACAAGCAUGUAUUUCACAUCCAGCAUCCUACUCUCGUUUUCCCUGGCCUCAACAUGAAGGCAGCCCCGUGGCCGCUCUGUGAGAGCCAAGCAGCACUCUUCUCGGCGGUGUGGUCCAACAACCUCAACCUGCCUAGUAAAGAUGCCAUGGAAGCGUGGAGCCAGGCGCUAGAGCAGGAGGAGGAGGGGGAUGCAUUGCAUGUGUUUGGUCCCGAUGGGGACGGUCACUAUAUCAAUGAGCUGCAUGACUGGGUCAUGACAGCCCAGCGGCUGGGCAAGGAACCUCCGCGGUGGGAUGAUGAGCACAUGUGGCAGCGCAGCGUCUUCCUCGAGGCCAAGGCACGCUUCGAGCAGCUGGGCUGCACAGCGCAGACGCUCGAGGAGAUUGGAUUUCACUACCAGCCGAGGCCGUAG